UCAAGUCUCUGGGAAGACUCCCGGGCUCUAGCGACCCUCAGCCUCCUCGGCUCCUCUCUUUGCUCAGUUCUAGGUUGAACUCGACGAACUCAUCAGCAGCCGGCUGGCGGAUCCUCGACACAAAUCAGCAGCCGAUGGGCACAGAAUUUUAUGAGACCAUGCUCAUCAUCAAAGGAGCCCGAGCUGAGACUGAGGAUGAUCUGAGCCAGUUGUUUGAAGACUUUGGAAUCAAUGGAAGCCAACUUGCAGCUUCAUUCGGUCCUCCUACUUUUGUGAUGGACGCCAACUUGACUAGCGACGCGGCGCCAGUCCCAUCGCCGUUGAGGGUGGGGCCCUCCGCCGCCUUGACGGUAGACUUGAUAGUUCCGACUUUGGAACUGGUGGAUGAAGCUGUUCUUGCAGCUCCACUCAGUCCUUCUGCUUAUAUGAUCGAGAAAAACUUGACUCACGACGAGGAUCCAGCUGCCACGCUGCCGGAGAGCGUCCGGAGGUGCAAGAGAGGCCCUCGCAAGCGAAGAAUACCAUUAUGCACGGACCAGGGCUGGUUUUUGGGUGACCACUUUGGGGGCACAUCCUGCCUCCGGGAUGCACCUUCUGCAAGUGAAGGCCGAAACCGUGGACUCAGAACAAACGGGCCCCAUUGGACAACGGAAGAGGUGACUGCACUAGUUGAUGGUCUUGAAGAAUUUGGUGGUCGACGAUGGUCUGCGAUAAAGAAGAAAUAUUUUCCAAAGCCAGAUCGAACAGAUCAGACAGAUCGAACUACGGAGAAUCUUAAGGAUAAGUGGAGAAAUCUGCGGAAAUCAUACACGGGAAGUGCAGAAAGAAGAUACUAUCUAGUUCUUCCUGAUCAUUUGAUCCAACGACUCAAGAGGCUAGCAGCGACUGGUAACUGAAAUGAAGAUGCCCUGAUGAAUGAUGCAAGAGUCAUUGUUUAGGAUUUGCGGUGUAGAGUGGUCAGUAGCUAGCUUGAAUCAGCAGCUUGCAUUGUAUCUCCGGCCUAAGUGCCAUGCAAAUUACCGACUAACAAAUGAAGUAGAUCAUUGUCUCCUAAUCCAUUUUAAUAGCUCAGUGUUAAGCCACCAUUAUUUGAAGAAGACAUGAUGUUUUAGCAGUGCCUGAAAACACUAUGAGUAUCUACCUUCCUAGUCUUCUGGAUAGUGAGAGUUGUGUCAUGCUUUA